AUGCCAGAGGUCAAGGGCUCCCGCCAGGAUCUCAUGCCAUGGAAGAAGAAGCAGCCGGUGCACCGCACCGUCAGCCAGAUCUGCCCACCCCCACGACGGCCCCUGACCGUAGCAGACAUCCGGCCGGGCAUGCAGAACGAGAGGCUGGGGGUCGUGCGCGAUUCCAUGUUUCAGAACCCGCUCAUUGUCAAGGCUGAGCUCGGGAAGCCCCGGGAGAGAAGCUGCAGCCUUCCUGGCAUUGACUUUAAUUACGGACUCUACACCCGGGGGCUGGAUGGAGGGGUCCCUGAAGCCAUUGGACACUGGAAUGAGUUCAAGCAGCAGCCCAUCUGUUCCCAAGAGCUGGCUCCGAAUUACAUCGCUAUGAACCGUGGGGCAGUGAAAGCUGGCCUGGUAACUGCCCGGGAGAAUUUCCUCUACCGUCAGCUCAACUUCGUCCGCAUCAGUGACAAGGACGAGCGGCGCUUCAAGAAGGAGCCGCCCUUUGUCCCUCCAAACAUGACGUUCGGCAUCCGGGCACGGCCUUCCACGCCCCUCUUCGACCUGCUGCAGCACCGCUACCAGCAGCUGUGGGUGCAGGAGCAGAAGGCCGCCCAGAAAGCCAUCAAACUGGAGAAGAAGCACAAGAUGGUCCUUGGGAAGCUCUACGAGACCCGGAGCAGCCAGCUGAGGAAGUACAAGCCGCCCGUGAAGCUGGACGCCCUCUGGCACAUGCCUCACUUCCAGAAGGUGGGCCCCCACCUGGACACCUUCCCCACCGAGGCCGAUCGCCAGAACGCUUUCAAAGCCCACCGGCAAGAGCGGGCCGUGCGCCAGGGGACCCUGCGCAUGGGCAACUACACCCACCCCUGA